AUGGAGGAGCAGGCAGGUGCAUGCUCGCCGUGGCAGCUGUUCACGUCGACGGCAGUGGGCGGAGUGGCAUUCUUCAUCUUGGGCACUGUGGGCAACCUCCGCCGUGCGCCACUACCCCUGCUGCUCAACGUUCUCCUCAACCUCAACCAGAAAUUGAAUAAUCCCAGCACGGGGCUCACUGCACGACAAAUCUACCAACUGCCCAUCGUGACGGGAGCUGUGGGGAUGCUGCUGGGUGGCUACGUCGGCUACCGAGAGUGCCAGAUGGAGAGGGCGUUCAAGGAGAAGUGGGCGAAGACGAAGCGCUCGCCGUCGCUCGAAGUGAGGGAGGGAUCGCUAUAA